AUGUCCUCUCACACUCGAUCCGCAGCACCGGACACCAAGACAUUGGAGGAAUUUUUUAACGACGCUGCGAGUGUCCUUGGAGAAGAAAAUGUUUCGCGUACCCCUGAGCAUGGUGCACUCAAUGGGCUUCAAAAUUCGGAUUCGUACGGAGAUUCCUUCUCAACCGUUACAACCCAUCAACCGAGCGGUGCUGUUCGCCCCAAGAGCGUAGAAGAAGUCCAAGAAAUCGUGAAGCUGGCUAAUAGGCACAAGGUGCCUCUGUGGACAGUUUCUAGGGGUAAGAACUUAGGCUACGGCGGAUCCAGCGCUGUUGUCAAAGGGUCGGUAAUCCUUGAUCUCCACCGGAUGAAUAAGAUCAUCGAAUUGAGCGAGGAAUACGGGUAUGCUAUUGUGGAGCCCGGGGUAUCUUUUUUCGAUCUUUAUGAAGAAAUCCAACGAAGGGGCCUGAAUCUCUGGCCUUCAGUUCCGGCAAUUGGCUGGGGUUCCGUAUUAGGAAAUACGGUGGACCGCGGCUUUGGAUAUACACCUAAUGGAGAACAUUCGCAGUCGCAGUGUGGCAUGGAGGUUGUUUUGCCUAACGGGGACUUGCUUCGGACAGGCAUGGGAGCCGUGAAAGAUAACAAGACCUUUCCGCUGUACAAAGGAGGGUUUGGACCUGGCCUUGACGGUCUCUUCUACCAGUCUAAUCUUGGAAUUGUUACCAAGAUCGGCAUUCAUAUCACUCCGGCCCCAGAAGCCUACGCCACCGUUGAAGUGAGCGUACCUCGAGAAGAAGAUAUUGUUCCCCUGGUUGGCACUCUUUCAGACCUCAUGCGCCGCUCGAUCAUACUGAACUCACCUUCCAUCGCCAACAUCUUCCGCAUUGCCUUGACAUCCCAAGUCCCCGAAGUUCACGCCAAACUAGCGCAGUACAUGAAGCCAGGCUCCUACGUCCCUUACCCUGUAUUGGAGGAAAUCCGCAGGGACCAAAACUGGGGCUUCUGGAGAGCAUAUUUCUCACUCUACGGUUCGGUGGAGAUGCUCCCCGCCCUGCUGGCGACAAUCAAGCGCGCAUUUUCGGGCAUCCAGGGCGUCCAGAUCAAAUGGCGAGAGUUCCCCGGUAAGCCCGGAGAGGCUAUCACCGCGGCUGAAAUCAAUGAAGAGGAAAUCCCGCACAGCGGCAUCCCCACACUCGCACCGCUCGGAAUAGUGAACAGUCGCUCGGAAACUGGCGGCGGACACAUCGACUACUCGCCCGUCAUUCCUGCAUCCGGCCGCGAACUGUACGAAUGGUACCUAACUGCCAAACAGCGCACCAUGGACGCAAAGUUCGACUUUUUCGCCGACUUCCACGUCUACCCUCGCUAUGUGAUUGGUAUUGAGCUCAUCAUUUAUACCCUGCAGGAAGAGGCGCGCGUCCACCAGCUGUGUCGGCACCUCGUGCAAGAUGGUGCGCAGCAGGGGUAUAUACCGUAUCGCACGCAUGUGAGCUAUAUGGACAAUGUAGCCAGGAAGUUGGACUUCAAUCACUCUUCAUUUUCGAGGUUUGUGGGUCUCAUGAAGCAUACGCUGGAUCCAAAGGGGAUUUUGUCUCCAGGUAAGUCGGGGAUUUGGUAUAGGGAUGUGUCUGAGGUGAUGUCGAGUUUGCAUUUGUAG